GUUUAUCGCUCGAAACUCUAUAUAAAGGAAUCUACGAGCCGCUUCGCAGUAUUUGACUGCACGGUGCCGGUCCAGUGUGUCGCUCCGUUUUAUUGUGUAAUCAUGGCUUCAAGGGGCCCCGCUGCCGACCAACUGGUCAACUUCAAGAAAUCCGUCAAGGAUUCCCCCGGCUACAUCACCACUAAAUCGGGUGCUCCUGUCGGUGUGAAGACUGCCAUUCAAACUAUUGGCAAAAAUGGUCCAGCUCUUCUGCAAGAUGCCAACUUCUUGGAUGAAAUGUCUGCCUUCGACAGGGAGCGCAUUCCUGAGCGUGUUGUGCAUGCCAAAGGAGCAGGUGCCUUUGGUUAUUUUGAAGUGACACAUGACAUUACUAAAUACAGUGCCGCCAAAGUUUUUGAGUCUAUUGGAAAGAAGACACCAAUUGCUGUCCGUUUCUCCACUGUUGGUGGGGAAAGUGGAUCUGCUGAUACUGUUCGUGACCCUAGAGGAUUUGCAGUCAAGUUCUAUACCGAUGACGGCAACUGGGAUCUGGUUGGAAACAACACUCCUAUUUUCUUCAUCAGAGAUCCAACAUUAUUCCCUAGUUUUAUCCAUACUCAGAAACGAAACCCUGCUACCCACUUGAAGGAUGCUGAUAUGUUCUGGGACUUCCUGACUCUCAGACCAGAGACAAUUCAUCAGGUCUUAUAUUUGUUCGGUGACAGAGGCAUUCCUGACGGAUACAGGCAUAUGAAUGGAUAUGGCUCUCACACUUUCAAGCUUGUAAAUGCACAAGGAGUUGCACACUGGUGCAAAUUCCAUUACAAGACUAACCAAGGAAUUAAGAACUUGCCUACAGACAAGGCUGGUGAAUUUGCAUCCUCUGAUCCUGACUAUUCCAUCAGAGAUCUCUACAAUGCCAUUGGCAAAGGUGAUUUCCCAUCAUGGACCUUCUAUAUCCAGGUGAUGACAAUGGCACAAGCUGAAAACUGCAAAUUCAAUCCAUUUGAUUUGACUAAAAUCUGGCCGCAUUCAGAAUACCCAUUGAUUCCUGUGGGUAAACUGGUUCUUGACAGGAACCCCAAGAACUAUUUUGCUGAGGUUGAGCAGAUUGCAUUCAGCCCUGCCAACUUAGUGCCCGGAAUUGAACCCUCCCCUGACAAGAUGUUGCAGGGUCGUCUGUUUUCGUACAGCGACACGCACCGUCACAGACUGGGAGCUAACUACUUGCAGAUCCCCGUUAACUGCCCCUACCGCGUGACUGUAUCUAACUACCAACGUGAUGGACCACAAAAUAUCAGCAACCAAGAGGGAUGCCCUAACUACUUCCCCAACUCGUUCUCGGGUCCGCAGGAAUGCCCGCGCGCGCAGCGCCUGCAGCCCAGGUACAACGUGUCUGGCGACGUGGACAGGUACGACAGCGGCCAGACUGAAGAUAACUUCUCACAGGCUACUGUGCUUUUCAAACAAGUCUUUGACGACGGCGCCAAGCAACGCUUAGUUGAGAACAUUGUUGGAAAUCUUAAGGAUGCUGCUGGUUUCAUUCAAGAGCGAGCAAUCAAGAUCUUCACUCAGGUACAUCCUGAUUUGGGAAGCAAAGUUGCUGCUGGAUUAGCUCCUUACAAGAAGUAUCAUGCUAACUUGUAAAAACAUAAGACUAAAUUGAUGGGUGCUUUUUUACAACCAAAAACAAUUGCAAGUUUUUACAUAAUGUGGGAAUAAAUGGGUCUUAUUCUUUUUUAUUAUUUAUUUGGUAAUAUACUAUUUUUACUUGUAGACUAAUGACAAAUGGUAAGUACAGAAGUGGUACAUAAUAAAAUCUUCCAUAUUCUUA